GCAGCUGAGCGCCGCUCCUGACCUUCAGUGUGCGUGAUUUAGCGCAAUGGCGCCCUCCAGGAAGUUCUUCGUGGGGGGGAACUGGAAGAUGAACGGGCGGAAGAACAAUCUGGGGGAGCUCAUCAACACUCUGAACGCGGCCAAGGUGCCGGCCGACACCGAGGUGGUUUGCGCACCCCCCACCGUCUACAUUGACUUCGCCCGGCAGAAGCUAGAUUCCAAGAUUGCAGUGGCUGCGCAGAACUGCUACAAAGUGGCUAACGGGGCCUUUACGGGGGAGAUCAGCCCUGGCAUGAUCAAAGACUGUGGAGCCACGUGGGUGGUCCUGGGGCACUCGGAGAGAAGGCAUGUCUUCGGGGAGUCGGAUGAGCUGAUUGGGCAGAAGGUGGCUCACGCCCUGGCAGAGGGACUUGGAGUAAUCGCCUGCAUUGGGGAGAAGCUAGAUGAGAGGGAAGCUGGCAUCACUGAGAAGGUCGUUUUCGAGCAAACCAAGGUCAUCGCAGAUAAUGUGAAGGACUGGGGCAAGGUUGUCCUGGCCUAUGAACCUGUGUGGGCCAUUGGUACUGGCAAGACUGCGACACCCCAACAGGCCCAGGAAGUACACGAAAAGCUCCGGGGAUGGCUUAAGUCCAACAUCUCUGAAGCAGUGGCUCAGAGCACCCGCAUCAUUUAUGGGGGUUCUGUGACUGGGGCAACGUGCAAGGAGCUGGCCAGCCAGCCUGACGUGGAUGGCUUCCUUGUAGGAGGCGCCUCCCUCAAGCCUGAAUUCGUGGACAUCAUCAAUGCCAAACAAUAAGCCCUGCCCGUCUCUGCUACCCUUCCUGCCGAGACAGGGACUAGGUAGCUCAGAAGCCCAGUAACUGUACCGCACCGCCCCCCCACCCCGACCUUCACACAUGCUUCUGGUUGUGUCACCUGCUGCCUCUUGUGGCCUAAUCCAAAGUGUACCUCUUCCUUUACCCUGGAAUGGUUGGGACCAGGCCACUCCCGCUUCCACUUACUGUAUCAGUUGGAAAUCAACCUGUCACCAAGGUGGCUUUUCCUUGGCCGAGAGGUGGGAGGGGUGUUUGCUUAUGGGCCCCCUCCGUCCCCAGUGAAGGCAGGAGAAAGAACCCGUCCUGUCCCAUCUCACGCCGUGAGGUCAGGGGCUGAGAGAAAGCCCUGUCCUCUGCUGAGGCCGGGGUGCUGCUCCCUCCCACGGUGCCGAUGCCUGUGUGUGUUCUGUCUGUGAGCAGUCCUGCGCGUGCGGGAAAUAAAACACCUGGCACU